AUGCGGAAGAAGCGACAAGGGGUGGCUUCUGUGUGCCUGCUGAGCAGAGCCGGGCAGCAGGCUCUGUUAGGGUCGGUGGGGCUGCGAGCGCGGCGAACUCCGCGCAGGCAGGCUCAGCCCGCGGCCGGGCGGCGGCGGGACUGUCGGCAGGGUCACGGCUCCGCCGGCAUCUUUCGUGGGGCGGCCCGGGAGACCGCUCUCGGAGGACUCCUGCCGUGCCCCAGCAGGGGGCGCUGCAGGCAGAGCCCGCUCCGCACAGCCGCCGCUCCGCACAGCCGCUUCUCCACGCAGCCGCGGGGGCGGGCUCUGUGCCGCCGCGUGCAGGCCUGCCGGGCGCUCGUGGCCGCCGCCGGUCGCGGUCCCGCCGCCGCCAUGGUGAAGGAGCAGUUCCGCGAGACGGACGUGGCCAAGAAAAUAAGCCACAUCUGUUUUGGCAUGAAAUCUCCAGAAGAGAUGCGUCAGCAAGCUCACAUCCAGGUGGUCAGCAAGAACUUGUACAGUCAGGACAACCACCAUGCUCCACUGCAGUAUGGGGUACUGGACCAUCGCAUGGGAACCAGUGAAAAAGACCGUCCCUGUGAAACCUGUGGGAAAAAUCUGGCUGAUUGUUUAGGACAUUAUGGGUACAUUGACUUAGAACUGCCCUGUUUUCAUGUUGGAUACUUCAAAGCUGUGAUAGGCAUCCUACAGAUGAUCUGCAAAUCCUGUUGCCGUAUCAUGCUGUCGGUGGAAGAAAAAAAGCAAUUUUUGGAUUACCUGAAGCGGCCUGGCCUUACAUAUCUUCAGAAGAGAGGGCUAAAGAAGAAAGUGUCUGAAAAGUGCCGGAAGAAAAACACUUGUCCUUAUUGUGGUGCCUUUAAUGGAACUGUGAAGAAGUGUGGUUUGUUGAAAAUAAUACAUGAAAAAUACAAGACUAAUAAGAAAGUGGUAGAUCCAAUGGUAUCUACUUUUCUCCAGUCCUUUGAAACUGCCAUAGAACAUAACAAAGAAGUAGAACCCUUACUAGGAAGAGCUCAGGAAAACUUAAAUCCUUUAGUAGUAUUGAACCUCUUCAAAAGAAUCCCAGCGGAAGAUAUCCCUCUGCUCCUGAUGAACCCAGAAGCAGGGAAACCUUCGGAUUUGAUCCUCACGCGACUCUUAGUGCCUCCGCUGUGUAUCAGACCCUCUGUGGUGAGUGACUUGAAGUCUGGCACAAACGAGGAUGACUUAACGAUGAAGCUGACAGAGAUAAUUUUCCUCAAUGAUGUAAUAAAAAAGCAUAGGAUAUCAGGAGCCAAAACACAGAUGAUAAUGGAGGAUUGGGACUUUCUUCAGCUGCAGUGUGCCCUGUACAUUAACAGUGAGCUCUCAGGAAUUCCUCUCAACAUGGCACCUAAAAAAUGGACCAGAGGUUUUGUCCAGAGACUUAAAGGAAAGCAAGGUCGGUUUAGAGGCAAUCUGUCUGGCAAGCGAGUGGAUUUCUCUGGCAGAACAGUCAUUUCACCUGAUCCUAACUUAAGAAUAGAUGAAGUAGCAGUGCCUAUUCAUGUUGCUAAAAUACUAACUUUUCCUGAAAAGGUGAACAAAGCAAAUAUUAAUUUCAUGAGGAAACUUGUCCGUAAUGGUCCUGAUGUGCAUCCUGGAGCCAACUUCAUACAGCAAAGGCACACACAGAUGAAACGGUUUUUGAAAUACGGAAACCGAGAAAAGAUGGCCCAGGAGCUGAAGUUUGGUGAUAUUGUGGAGCGGCACCUCAUAGAUGGUGACAUAGUUCUCUUCAAUCGACAACCCUCUCUUCAUAAGCUGAGCAUCAUGGCUCACAUUGCUAGAGUAAAACCUCAUAGGACAUUCAGAUUUAAUGAAUGUGUCUGUACACCAUACAAUGCAGACUUCGAUGGAGAUGAGAUGAACCUUCACCUUCCUCAGACAGAAGAAGCAAAAGCAGAAGCACUUGUUUUAAUGGGGACUAAAGCAAACUUGGUAACACCAAGAAAUGGAGAACCUCUCAUCGCUGCUAUUCAGGAUUUCCUCACAGGUGCCUAUCUUCUUACAUUAAAAGAUACCUUUUUUGAUCGAGCCAAAGCCUGUCAAAUUAUAGCUUCUAUCCUGGUGGGCAAGGAUGAAAAGAUUAAAGUUCGUCUUCCGCCUCCAGCAAUUCUGAAGCCUGUAACACUCUGGACAGGAAAACAAGUCUUCAGCCUCAUCCUGAAACCCAGUGAUGAUUGUCCUGUAAAAGCCAAUCUACGAACCAAGGGCAAACAGUAUUGUGGCAAAGGGGAAGACCUGUGUUACAAUGAUUCUUAUGUCACAAUUCAAAACAGUGAGUUAAUGAGUGGCAGCAUGGACAAAGGAACUUUAGGUUCAGGAUCCAAGAACAACAUCUUCUACAUCUUGCUGAGAGACUGGGGACAGGUAGAAGCUGCAGAUGCCAUGUCACGACUAGCCAGGCUUGCUCCUGUCUAUCUUUCUAAUCGUGGAUUUUCAAUUGGAAUUGGUGAUGUAACCCCUGGGCAGGGACUGCUAAAAGCUAAAUAUGAGCUCCUGAAUGCUGGCUAUAAGAAAUGCGAUGAGUAUAUUGAAGCUCUGAACACUGGCAAGCUGCAGCAGCAGCCUGGUUGUACUGCAGAAGAGACAUUGGAGGCUUUAAUCCUUAAAGAACUCUCUGUUAUCCGAGAUCACGCUGGCAGUGCCUGUCUCAGAGAACUGGACAAGAGCAACAGUCCCCUUAUCAUGGCUCUAUGUGGUUCUAAAGGCUCCUUUAUUAAUAUAUCCCAGAUGAUUGCUUGUGUAGGUCAGCAGGCUAUCAGUGGUUCCCGAGUUCCUGAUGGAUUUGAGAACAGAUCCUUGCCUCACUUUGAGAAACAUUCUAAGCUCCCAGCAGCAAAAGGCUUUGUUGCUAACAGCUUCUAUUCUGGGUUGACUCCCACUGAAUUUUUUUUUCAUACGAUGGCUGGUCGAGAAGGUCUGGUUGAUACAGCUGUAAAAACAGCCGAAACUGGAUAUAUGCAGAGGCGGCUGGUAAAAUCACUGGAAGAUCUUUGCUCGCAGUACGAUUUGACAGUCAGAAGUUCUACUGGUGACAUUAUACAGUUUAUUUAUGGAGGAGAUGGCUUGGAUCCUGCAGCCAUGGAAGGGAAGGAUGAACCGCUGGAAUUCAAGCGAGUUCUAGACAAUAUCAGAGCUGUGUAUCCAUGCCGAAGUGAACCAGCCCUUAGUAAAAAUGAAUUGGUGUUAACAUCUGAGUCCAUAAUGAAGAAGAAUGAGUUUCUGUGCUGCCGAGACAGUUUUCUGCAGACAUUAACUGAGACAGGUUAUGAAAAAUAUAAUGAGGAAAUUAAAAAGUUCAUCAAAGGUGUUUCUGAGAAGAUAAAAAAAACUAGGGACAAGUAUGGCAUUAAUGACAAUGGCACAACAGAGCCACAAGUUUUAUAUCAGUUGGAUAGGAUUACUCCAACACAACUGGAGAAGUUUCUGGAGACUUGUAGAGACAAAUACAUGAGGGCGCAGAUGGAGCCUGGUUCUGCAGUAGGAGCUCUUUGUGCACAGAGUAUUGGUGAGCCUGGCACACAGAUGACUCUGAAGACUUUCCAUUUUGCAGGCGUUGCUUCAAUGAACAUUACCUUGGGUGUGCCAAGAAUCAAGGAAAUCAUUAAUGCUUCAAAGGCUAUUAGCACCCCUAUUAUAACAGCACAACUGGAUAAAGAUGAUGAUCCUGAUUUUGCCCGCCUGGUUAAAGGAAGAAUUGAGAAAACUUUAUUAGGAGAGAUUUCAGAAUAUAUUGAGGAAGUGUUUCUUCCAGAUGACUGUUUCAUCCUAGUGAAGCUGUCUUUAGAGCGCAUUAGACUACUGAGAUUAGAGGUGAAUGCAGAGACUGUGCGCUACUCUAUUUGCAUAUCUAAACUCAGAGUGAAGCCUGGGGAUGUUGCUGUCCAUGGAGAAGCAGUUGUAUGUGUGACCCCUCGUGAAAAUAGCAAGAGUUCAAUGUAUUAUGUAUUGCAGUCCCUGAAGGAAGAACUACCGAAGGUUGUAGUGCAAGGUAUACCAGAGGUUUCCCGGGCUGUCAUUCAUAUUGAUGAACAAAGUGGAAAGGAAAAAUAUAAACUUCUAGUUGAAGGUGAUAAUCUGCGAGCUGUUAUGGCUACUCAUGGAGUGAAAGGAACAAAAACGUCCUCUAACAACACUUAUGAGGUAGAGAAGACACUAGGAAUUGAAGCUGCUCGGACAACCAUUAUCAAUGAGAUUCAGUAUACAAUGGUGAACCAUGGUAUGAGCAUUGACAGGAGACAUGUUAUGUUACUGUCUGAUCUAAUGACUUACAAGGGUGAGGUGCUGGGCAUUACUAGGUUUGGACUGGCAAAAAUGAAGGAAAGUGUGUUGAUGCUGGCUUCCUUUGAAAAGACUGCAGACCAUCUCUUUGAUGCUGCCUACUUUGGACAGAAGGAUUCUGUUUGUGGUGUUUCUGAGUGCAUCAUCAUGGGAAUUCCAAUGAAUAUUGGAACAGGACUCUUUAAACUGUUGCACAAAGCAGAUAAAGAAUCAACCCCUCCUAGGAGGCCUCUGGUAUUUGAUAAUAAUGAAUUUCAUAUUCCCCUUGUUACAUAGCACUUGGGCAUAAUACUAUAGCAAAACAAGAAAUAGCAAGAAAACAUCAUUUAAGUUAAGAAACAUGCUUGAUCAGUUCUGUGUGUCUCAAUAACUGUGAAUUGGUAAGUGAAAGACCAUCAAAAGGAUUGUCCAAUUGUUUACCACCUGUUAGUACAGACCUUGAAUGGGGAGGCUUCUCUGCAGCAGAGAGUGGAAAUUAAAGUGGAUUUCAGCUGAUAUAAUUUUCAUUUUCAUGUGCUAGAAUUAGAUCUUUGUGUUAACAUUAAUGUUAAUCUGUGGAGGUUGUUAUUAACUCAGUAUGAGACACGUAUAUUCAGAUUUUAUUUAAAAAAAUAACCCGCAAAAGAGAUCUGUGAGCUUGCACAGAGUACACGUGGAAAUGGCCUUUGACCAGGAGCUGCCGGGCUCGGUCUAGCUCUUAAGAACAGAGACUUCAGAAAGCUAGAACUUAAUUACUUUAAAUACUUUUGCUGUUAAAAUUGUUUGAAAUGUUUGCUCUUUGAUUGCAUUUUUCAUUGUUUUUUCGUUUAUGCCAAGUUAUUAUCCGGUAAAUGGUUUUCCUCCCCAGAAUUCUGCUCUGGGUUUUACCUACAUGAAGCUGCAGAUGGUAGAGCUGUUACUAAAUUCUGAGGAGACUGUUACAAGAACAUUACAAAUUAUAAAUAGCUUUUCAUGUUACAGCAGCUGUUAUACUGCUGGAAUCUGCAAUUUACAGCCAUCUUAGUUUUGGGAAAGUUUCAUGAUUGAGCAAGGUCAUAUGAAAAACCUAGUUUUGUUUUAAUAUGUAAAGCAGAAAUAGAACGGAAGCUGUUUUCAUGCAUGGACAUGAAAUAACUGGAAAGUAUUUUAGUCUUUAGCCCACUAGAGCAGUUUCAGAAUGAAUACACAUUUUUAAAUUGUUUUAGUGUAGCAUGUUUAAUUUUACUCUGGUGCUAUGGAGGGAAGGUAUCUUAGUGUUUUCUAGUCGGCACUGUUGGGAUAUUCAGUGUACUUGUAACACGGAUCAAGGUUGGAGAGAAACAAAAUAGAGAGAAAAGCUGAAGUUGUGCACUCAUGAGGUAAAAUCAGGCUGCUGAAUGAAAAAGCAUUUCAAAAUGAAUGAGUUUGUGCUGCAGUUUGUCUUCAUUUCAUUCUUCAUUCUUCUACAUUCAGAGCAUGUAAAUCUGUUAAGUCUUAAAGUGCCACUGUGUCUGUUUUUAAAAUCAUCCUCCGUACAGAGAAGACGUGAAUUGAAAUUCAGCAUAGCUGUUCUCAAAUUAUUUUGUAUUUUCAAUGUUAUACUAAGACAUACUUCUGCACAGAUUUUGGCAGGGUAAAGAUGAGAAUGUAAUGCGUUUAGUAUCUGCUCUAAAAGCCAUAUGUAUUUGCUAUCUCCCUUUUAACAAUAGAAACUUCAGAAUAAAUUUAAAUUUUCUUUGUGAUCUCAGUGAGAUUGCCACUUACUGAUUUGUCUGUAGAGAAGUCCAGCUCAAUUUCUUUUUUAAAGAUGUAAGUUUAAGAGAGGGGCCAAGUGGAGAGAAAGCCCAUAAACCUUUCCUGUGGAUAAGUACUUCAUCUUAUCAUGGGAAAUGCUACUGAAAGUACCUGGUGGUUUUGUGAACAAAGAUUCUUCUGAAGGUGUAAAUGGGUGGAAUUUGUAUUGAAAUGAGUAACCACCUCUUUUUUUUUCUUUUUUUUUUUUCUUUUUUGUAAAUAUAGUGAAAUGCGGUUAUUUAAAUGAUGGGUUUACUUUUGUAUGUGUUAAAAGUAUUCAGUAAAUGACAUCUGUUAUCAUUGUCCUUAAUAUGACAAUAAAAAGAGGCAGAGAUAAAGGAAAUAUAAA